AUGGGUGCUCGUCUUGCCACCGGUCACUUGCUCUUCAAAUGGUUCUUCUUUUGUCUAAUCCUGAUCAUUAUUUUCAUGCUAUAUGCACCGUAUAAAAAUAUUGAAAUCGAACCAACAAUGCGUAGUAAAACUGAAGUGGUUAGUGCGAUUCCAACACCUAAUUUGGCUAAUAGUUCGCCCAAGAUUGAGGUGCCAAAGCAUUUUGUGCAUACCUCACAGUGCAUGAUACCCUAUAUAAAUCCGUUUUCGGCCGAGGCCUUAAAAAUCUACACGCCGCGCAAGUUUAUACCUUGUUCUAACGAAAGUGAACUAGUUUCGGCUCUCUACGAUGUCAAUCGACAGCGUUAUGUUUUGCAUAUCAAUGAACCCGUGGCUAAGAAGCUGCUCAACUCGAGUGAACGGGAGUUCAAUUGCUUCUAUCGUGAGAUACAGCAUGGCGAAAAGGCGGAAACUUAUGAUAUGCUUAAGCCAAGCAAGUAUUUCUCUCAGGACUAUGUAGUGCCACUUCACGUUGAGGGCCUGAUGCUGCAGUGCGAGACUGCCGAGAUACCGUCUGUCAAGCUGCAAAAGGAUGCCUACAUUUUCAUACAAUAUCGGCCGAAUAUGAAUACUACUAAACCAUCUAUUAAGACACAUCCACGCAAACCAAGUGUUAUAAUGUAUGGCAUCGAUACAUUAUCCCGAAUUAAUUUACGUCGCACUAUGCCCUUGGUAUAUAAGCAUCUACAGGGACCCGGCUGGUACGAAAUGCAGGGCUACAAUAAGGUGGGCGACAAUUCAUUUCCCAAUAUAUUUGCCAUACUGAGUGGCUAUUCGCCGGAGAAGGCCAAAGAGCAUGUUUGCGAUACGGACAAAAGUGGCUGCCUCGAUGAGAUUCCCAUGAUCUGGAAGUACUUUAGCAAUGCCAGCUACUUGACUGCUUAUGCGGAGGAUGAGAGCCCAUCGAAUACGUUUAGUUACCUAAAGCCGGGCUUUACCAAAAAACCCACCGAUUACUAUUUUCGUCCAUUUCUGCGCGCUCUCGAGUGCGAGGCGGACAACUAUAAUUGUCCUGGUUGCCGCAUGACCUAUUGCUAUGGCCGCCGGCUGGCCAAUAGUUAUAUCUAUGAUUACGGCAGACAGUUCAUGCAGCGUUAUGUGGAGGAGAGACCCAUUUGGGGCAUGUUCUGGACGAAUCAUUUCAGUCACGAUGAUUACUUUAUGCCAUCGGCCAUGCAGCAUAAGGUUCUGGGUGAUUUGAUAAACUUCGAAAAGGAUGGAUCCAUGGAGCACACAAUUAUGAUAUUCUUUGCCGAUCAUGGUGUACGCUAUGGCAGUUUAUUAAGUUUAGCCGAGGGUUAUUUGGAGGAACGCCUGCCCAUGAUGUUUAUCUAUUUGCCUCCCUGGUUCCGACAACAGUAUCCGCAGUUUACUGAAGCCCUGGCCUUGAACCAACAUCGCCUGAGCUCCAAUUUUGAUCUGCACAACACUCUGAAGCAUAUCAUCGAGAUUGGCGGCACUCCGGAUGGUCCGGCUCUACCGAGAUCCUACGAUUGCCCCACCUGUCAAUCUCUGUUCUAUCCAAUCGCUGAAAAUCGCACCUGUUCUGAGGCGGGCAUCGCGGAGCAUUGGUGCACCUGCCAUCCGUAUCGAAAUAUCGAUCAACUCCAUUGGACUAAUCGAAUUGCGCCACGUGUUAUAGAUCGCAUGAACGAGUACUUUGUGCACAAGAAUCUCAGCCAUUUAUGCAGCAAUCUCACAUUAAAUUAUAUACAUCGAACGGAAAUUAAAAUGAGCGUAGACGUCAGUUGGGAGGAUGAUUUACCCGAACUCGAAAUCGCCGUUUAUCGCACCAAGUUUAAGGUGAUACAGAACAGCGCCGAUUUUGAGGCCACAGUUGUUUUUAACAAUAAAACAGAAGCUGUAGACGUGAAUGUGGAGAAUAUCAGUCGUACGAAUUCCUAUAAAGAUGAUUCUACUUGUAUUAGUGAUAAAAUUGCCAAAUUAUAUUGUAUAUGCUUUAGUGAUAUCAAGGCCUAG